UUUGCGCAGGCGCUGUGCCGGUCGUCUGGCUGGUGGUGGCGGCGGUGGCGCGGGUUUACAAUCUCUUGUCACUGGGACGGGGUUGAAGGAGGCGGAGUCCGUGCGGCGGACCAGGCUUUCGAGGACGUUACGUGCUGACCACUUCUGGUCUUGUGAACUUGGGGCCGAAGGUGUUUUCCUUUGCAAACAUCUCCGCAAAGAACAGCAAACCAUGGAGACACGUUAGUACAAUUUCCACUUAAAGUAGCAUUGCUCUUUGAAGUAAGUUGAAUGAUGCUGACCUGCUAAGCUUGCAUGUAUUAAUGCAGGCAUCACAGAAUAAAUUUGGAAGAAAGAUUAAUCUACAAAUUAGUAAUUAAGUUGGGUGCUGCAACUCAAGUCAAAAUGUUAUCCUCAUCAAGUAAGAUUUCAACUUUUGAAACUAGACACCCUCUGGAAACAGAUGUUCAAGAAACUGGGAUCGAUCCAUUGCAAAGUGAGCUUGUGAAAGAUGACAGUGGUGAGAAUAAUGAAAACCAGGAUAUAAAAAUACUUUCAGAAUUGGACAGUGGAAAAUACAGCUCUUACAGCAAAGAAUGGGAAGAACUAUUUGGACACAGUAAUUAUUUUGCAAGAAUAAGACUGAAAGGAAUUAAUGGUCAGCUGAGAAGCAGCAGGUUCCGCAGUGUUUGUUGGAAGCUGUUCCUGGAUGUUCUGCCUGAGGAUAAAAAGCAAUGGCUUAAUAAGAUAAUGGAAUUAAGAUCCCACUAUGAACAGAUAAAAGAAAUUCAUAUCACAAAUCCUCGGAAGGCAGCUGGACAGCAAGACCUGGUUGUGAACAACCCACUUUCACAGGAUGAGGGGAGUCUUUGGAACAAAUUUUUUCAGGAUAAAGAACUUCGAGCAAUGAUUCAACAAGAUGUAACUAGAACAUUUCCUGAAAUGCAGUAUUUCCAGCAGGAAAGUGUGAGGCAGAUCUUGACAGAUAUCCUGUUUUGUUAUGCGAGAGAAAAUGAGCAGCUGCUUUACAAGCAGGGCAUGCAUGAACUGCUAGCUCCUCUUGUCUUUAUUCUGCACUGUGAUCAUCAAGCCUUCUCACAUGCAAGUGAAACAGCAAAUCCAAGUGAGGAAAUGAAAGCACUCCUCAACCCUGAAUUCUUGGAACAUGAUGCUUAUGCAAUGUUCUCUCAACUCAUGGAUACUGCAGAACCAUGGUUUUCAAGUUUUGAAAGAGAAGUAAGAAAGGGAAAAGAAGAGAUGGUUACAGCUGUACCAUUUGCAAGACCUCAGGACAUGGGACCAUCACUUGCUAUAGUUUCCAAAGUAAAUCGCAUUCAAGACCAGUUGUUAAAGAAAUAUGACACAGAGCUGUACAUGCAUCUUAAUCGACUGGAAAUAGCACCUCAGAUUUAUGGAAUUCGUUGGGUCAGACUUUUGUUUGGACGAGAAUUUCCUCUUCAGGAUCUCUUGGUGAUCUGGGAUACUUUGUUUGCUGACAGUGUUACUCUGGAUUUAGUUGACUAUAUUUUUGUUGCAAUGCUGCUAUACAUAAGAGAUAUUUUAAUUGCGAGUAACUAUCAAACCUGCCUUCGAUUGCUUCUCCAUUAUCCAUCUGUAGAUGAUGUGCACUCCUUAAUUCAGAAAGCACUCUUCUUACGAGAUCCAAAGAACAAUCCAAGACCUAUGAAUUACCAGUUCCAACAGAAUCUAGAUUAUUACAGGGCACGUGGUGCAGAAAUUGUGAAUAAGACACGCAGCACAGGAGCAAAGGUUGCUCCCCUCAACAUCAAUAAAGUUUCCAGUAGCCUAAUGAACCUUGGACGGAAACUAAUAAAUCCAGCUAUUUUAGUUGGUAACACCAGUGGUUUCCCAGUUGGAACGAACUGCAGCAGCAAUCCUCCAACCCAUCCAUCCUCCCACAAAGCUUUGGUAGAACAUACCCAACAACAUCAACAACAACGAAUGAUGAAGUCUGAAAGCAUGCCUGUGCAGCUUAGCAAAGGACAGGUAGUUACAGGAGAUGAUGCUAAGGCUUGUAUCCAUGUCGAGACAAUUACUGAGCUCCCAGGUCAUGGUGCCACUCAUGUUAGUUCCUCGCCAAGUACUGAAAGUUUGCCUACUGCAAAAGAUAACACAGCUUCACCUCCCUUUUCCACUGCAAAAAAGGAUUCAUUCUUUAAUACAAUCUCUCGUUCACGGUCGCACAGCAAAUCGAUGGGUGGACGAAAGGACGUGGAUGAUGAAUUGGAGGCACAGGUCUCAUUUCUUCAAGGACAACUGAAUGAUCUUGAGGCAAUGUGCAAGUUUUGUGCUAAGAUGAUGAAUGUGCAUAUAUGUAAAAUACAAGAAGUGAUUCUGAAGGAAAACCUUCAAAAGGAAGAUGAAGUCCUGGUAUCAUUGGCUGGACUCAAGCAGAUUAAAGAUAUCCUGAAAGGAUCACUGCGGUUUAAUCAGAGCCAGCUAGAAGCAGAGGAAAAUGAAGAGAUUACAAUAGCAGAUAACCAUUACUGUUCCAAUAAUCGAGGAGAAGGUGCAGAAGGUGAGAGCAAAAAGCUGCUGAAUACUGACAGGGAGAUGCAAGUCACCAUGAAAACAGAAGAGGCUACCUCGCUGACUUCCUUGAAUUCAGAAGGUAGAAAUUCAGAUGACUAUAUCUUGGUUUCUAAAGAUGAUGAAGAUUUGCUGCAUGAGCAACCUUCAGAAAAAUUGGAAUCAACAGGAAUGGCAAAGAAGCUUCAAACUUCACAGAAACCUAACACCACUGAAGCAGUUAGAAAACAAUCACAGCAAUCCCCAGUUUUUUCUGACCCUCUGACUGGUGGAGUUCUGGAGUCACCAUCCAGCAACUCAGGAUCCAGUCCAGAUGAUGACAGUAGCAACAGCAAGGAUUCUGAUUUCACCAUUGUCAGCCCACUGGACAUCUGAAUUUCUUUUUUCCCAGCAUUGGCCUCUGUGUUAUUAGAAAACCUAUUGCCUGCUCGCUAAUGAAAUACUGUAUGGAUUGCUUGGCAAAUGCAACACUCCUCUAAAUCUGAAAAUUAUAUCAACUUUGAUGAGGCUUCUUAUGAAUGGCCUUGUGAUUUAAUAAUGUAUAUUGGAUUAUAGUUAAGUGAUGGACAUUGGUUAAAUAAUAUGAAUUUACAUUUAGUGACCAUCUCACAUCCACACCAGCUAAAUCUAAAUGGCCACAUAUUCUCAGCAGGUUCCAGGAAUACACAACUUGACACCAGUUCCACAUGAUCCAAGAUCAUGGAGUGCACUUUGAUCUGGUUCCAGGGAAAUCUGGUUCCAGCUGCCACGCAGUAGCCCAGCUACCUGUGGCCACCAAUGUUUUGGCUCUGGAGCCAUUUUCCUUUCUACUACACUUCUCAGGAAAACCUCAAAAUUCAGGAACUAUUCAAAAAUGAAUAGGGUCAAGCAUAUGCACUGUAGCCGCAGAGUGAGAUCUUUGCGUAAAGUCUCUAUGUUGGGUUUCUCCUACUACCAGUCAAAAAAGGAACUUGGCAAUCCUUCCAGCCAUUACCAUCUGCCCAAUAACACCAACCUGUCCAUUUCCUUUAUCACCUCCGGACAGCUCAGAUCACAUGGCUUAAGAUUUUAACUAUCACAGCUUUUAAUAGGGCAUUUAUUGAAGAUGAAUUUCAUGAAGUGGGAGGGGGGCUCUUCAGGGUCAUUGAUUACUCAAUUGAGACAGUAUCUCAUCUGAGGAUUAAAUCCAAAAGCAGGUAUAUCGUCAUCCUACUUUAGCCCUCCAUCACUAAUAAGUCUGUCUGCUUAAUCAUUUUAGAACAGCAACUUCAGAAUAAUUUUACCGAAUUGGUAUCUGCUUGGAAGUUAAAUGUUGUGAUAAUUGUGAAUAACAAUAUUGGUAUAGGGACUUGACUGGGAGACAGAGAUCAAAAUCAUUAUUUUUCAUUUUGAGAGCUCCCCUGAGAUUUCCAAUGGGACUAUUUGUUUUCAGAGACUCCUUAGAACUAGAGAAGGGCUGACCUCACUGUCUCUGAGAGAAAGGUCACCUUUGACUUUGCAUGUUUGAGGCUACCUACAACAUUUCAGGGGCAGAUUUGACUGCCAUUCUCAUUUACUUUGAGCACUGCUUGGAGGAUAUGUCUGCUUGAGUGCACUGGAUCUUCUAUUUUACACAGUAGGCAAUGGAGAGCUCUGCAUCAUUCCUGUAGUUGAGGCCUGAUGUGAUUGAAUUGUAAUCAGGCUGACAGUUCUCCAUUGUAGGGAAUCCUAUGCAGGUAGACCCUCUCUACUUCUCCCAGCUCCCCCAGCCCCAUCAUGUGUAUUUCAGCUGUCUCAGAUAAACUCUCUUUAUAAGUUUAAAGGCUGAAAUUGGUGUGAGUAUUUUGAAUUACAAAGAUAUUUAGGCAAAAGGAAGCUAUUCAUUAAACUGGUAUCUCCCACUUGUUUCCGGUUUCUGAAGUUUGUAACACCAACCUGUUGUGGAAGUAAUGUGAUCACUGACAUGUAUUACUGGAGUACAGGACUCUUUUAUUCACUCUAAUUCUCUCUUAGUAAUGGAAAUGCAAUAAAUACUUUGUAUCUGGUAAUGAUUAACCAAA